UUUUUUUUAGUCUCCUCUCUCAAGUCCUCGGCCUUCUUCAACGCUCAGACCCAAGUCCCCAUUGAGACUCUCCUCGCUCUCUCUCUCUACUGCCUUUACCUUCAUCUUCAUAAUUCACAUAACAGUUGGAGAGGGCUUUACUUGAAAAUUUGGAUGUCUUGGCAUGCAGUAUAAUCGUUUUGGGCCUUUUCAUCAAGGUCUCUGUGCUGCAGCUGAUUUAACCUUUUAGAGGCAUCUUGUUUCUCACUGAUGUACUCGGUUCAAGAUUGUGGCCCGCAUCAGAAAUACAGAUCAAAUGCCAUCAUUAAAGAUGAAAACCAAGUUGAAUGCGGACUGUUUAAGACAAAAAAAUGGUCUCCAUGUAUGUCAGAAGUCAAGUACGAUAUCCAAGCAUUCUUGCUCUCGCAUUAGAAUUUCUCAGCAAACAGCAGAAUUUGAGUCAUGUAUUCAAAGUUGUCAGGAUGAUGGAUCAGCAAACUAAACAUGUUAAGACAUUUAAUCUGCAAAUGACAAUUUCUUCAAGCAAUGAAGUCUCCACACAGGAUACUGGAAGUAAUGAAGCAGCUAUUGACCAGCAAGAAUUGCUAGAUGCUGAAAAUCUUCAGUUUCAGAUGGAGUUGUCAUCUUUAGUCGAUCCCAUAACUAUGGAGAAUACGGAAUAUGCCACAGUCCCCUGGCCAUCAAACUUAGAGACAAUUUUCUCACCUGUUCUUGAGUCUGUUGACGUUCACAGUGAACUAAAUAUUCUCAACAGUGCAGGGAGCUACAAUGAACCUUAUUUGGCACAGUUGAUAGGUGAUGAUAGUGAUGAUAACAGCAGAAGCUCAUCUGACUAUCAAACUUGCAAUGUAUCAGAUUUUUACAUUUCUGAUAUGAUUGUUGCAGACCUACCCAUUGAUGGGAACUCCAUGUAUGAUGACAUUAUUGGGAUCAAUCCCUUUCCUGAUUACAAAUGUGGUGAACCAAGUAUGUUGUUUGAUGUGGCUGAGCAAUGUAUGAUACUACCUUUCCUUGAGGAUACUAGGGAAGCUAGAAAUAUCCACAGUCCUACUUCCUGUGAAGAAGCCAUGGUUGGUUCAGACAAUUCAAGCUUAUAUCUAGCAAUUCAUCAGAUGAGAUCCUGCAACCAGGAAUCUGACAUAAACCCUUGCUCUGACCAAGAUCAAGCAGAGUGCUUUGAUCCACAUUUGUUUAUCAGAAAUUUACCAGACCUAUCUGAUGUGGUAGCAAAUUCUCGGCCUACUAUAUUGCCUAAAGAAACACGGAAAAAGAAGAGUAUUACCCUAGUACUUGAUUUGGAUGAAACGCUCGUGCAUUCUACAUUGGAACAUUGUGAUGAUGCAGAUUUCACCUUUCCUGUUUUUUUCAACAUGAAAGACCACACUGUAUAUGUAAAACAGAGGCCUUACCUCCAUACUUUCUUGGAGAGAGUUGCAGAGAUGUUCGAAAUUGUUGUUUUCACUGCCAGUCAAAGCAUCUAUGCUGAACAACUUUUGGAUAUACUUGAUCCUGAUGGAAAGUUUUUUUCUCAUCGAGCUUAUCGUGAAUCAUGCAUUUUUUCAGAUGGCAGUUACACUAAAGACUUGACGGUUUUAGGCAUAGACCUUGCAAAAGUUGCUAUAAUUGAUAAUUCGCCCCAGGUUUUCCAGUUGCAAGUGAAUAAUGGGAUUCCUAUUAAGAGUUGGUUUGAUGAUCCGUCAGACCAUGCACUAAUUUCACUACUUCCCUUCCUAGAGACCCUGGUUGAUGCUGAUGAUGUCCGUCCUAUCAUUGCCAAGAGAUUUGGUAACAAGGAAUAAGAACCCCUCCUUGGUUCUCUUUUUCAUUAGCUCAAAUUUAAUGACUCCUUCCCUGUGUCUCUUUUUAAGCAAAAGUUAUGCUUCAAUCAUGUUCAGUUCUCAUUCCUCUUGAGCUCUUUAGAUGAUUGUUUAUACAAUAAAUAAAUCAGUAGCCUUGUUGAGUCAGCUUUUGGUGCUUGUCCCCUUUCUUUUCUCCUCUUGGCUAACAAACUCAGUGAAGCAUUCUUACCUAAUUUGUCUCAACAAGUAGUUUCCCGAGAGCAUAUAUAUCAUUUUCAUUGUACAGUUAUAGGUGCUAUUUUAUUGCAAGAGUGUGUAUAUGUACUAUUUUUAUUGUGAAAUAAAAUUCUUACAGACUCUUGUUUGCCCUUUA